CUUAUGUCAUUUUGAUUCGAAACGUCUUUGAUAGCCGCGAUUUUUUUUUCUGUUUAAUUUUUUAAGCCCUUCUUAUUUGAUUGUUAUACGUCACUCACAACCCCAUCAGCAGAUGAUGUUUCUCCGUAACCACAGUUCGGUCGGUGUUGCGAUAAGAAGAACCGCGGUAGUACAGCAGCAGGGUCUGCAGUUUCUCGUGCAGCAGCAUAAAAGCAGUGCAUUGACCAGUGUAGCGACGAAUAGUGUCCAUCCCAGAAACGGCAAACCAGUACGAACGAUGACCUCGACAUCGAACGAAACUAUGAGCAACAAAUUUGACCUUCCUCGGCGCUAUCAAGGCAGCACCAAGAGCGUAUGGGUGGAAUAUAUCCAGCUGGCCGCCCAGUAUAAACCUCUGAAUCUAGGCCAAGGCUUCCCGGAUUACCAUGCGCCUAAGUACGCCCUCGAUGCCUUGGCAGCGGCUGCCAAUAGUCCUGAUCCCUUGGCCAAUCAGUACACGAGAGGGUUUGGCCAUCCCCGCUUGGUGCAGGCGCUGAGCAAACUCUAUUCGCAGCUGAUAGACCGCACCAUUGAUCCGAUGACAGAGGUUCUGGUUACCGUCGGUGCCUACGAAGCGCUGUAUGCCACUAUCCAGGGGCACGUGGACGAGGGCGAUGAGGUGAUAAUCAUCGAGCCGUUCUUCGACUGCUACGAACCGAUGGUGAAAGCUGCUGGAGGAGUGCCACGAUUUAUACCACUCAAGCCGAACAAAACCGGAGGAACCAUCUCAUCUGCCGAUUGGGUGCUGGACAAUAGCGAACUGGAAGCCCUAUUCAACGAGAAGACGAAAAUGAUCAUUAUAAACACCCCGCAUAAUCCAUUGGGCAAGGUGAUGGACCGUAGCGAACUGGAAGUGGUGGCCAAUCUUUGCAAGAAGUGGAACGUUCUCUGCGUUUCGGACGAGGUUUACGAGCAUAUGGUAUUCGAGCCGUACGAGCACAUCCGGAUUUGCACUCUGCCCGGCAUGUGGGAACGUACCAUCACGAUCGGUUCCGCUGGCAAAACAUUCUCCCUCACUGGCUGGAAAAUCGGAUGGGCCUACGGUCCGGCAGCGUUGCUAAAGAACCUCCAGAUGGUUCACCAAAACUGUGUCUAUACCUGUGCCACCCCCAUCCAGGAAGCGAUUGCCGUCGGGUUCGAGACUGAGCUGAAACGCUUGAAGAGUCCCGAGUGCUACUUCAACAGCAUUUCCGGCGAACUGAUGGCCAAGCGUGACUACAUGGCAAGCUUUUUGGCCGAGGUUGGAAUGAAUCCUACCGUUCCGCAGGGAGGCUACUUUAUGGUGGCCGAUUGGUCCGCCCUGGAUUCCAAGGUGGACCUUACGCGGGAAACGGACGCCCGGAAGGACUACCGUUUUACCAAGUGGAUGACCAAAUCGGUCGGAUUGCAGGGAAUUCCUCCGUCCGCCUUCUACAGCGAACCAAACAAGCACCUGGGUGAAGAUUUCGUUCGGUAUUGUUUCUUCAAAAAAGAUGAAAAUUUACAGAAGGCGGCGGAAAUCCUGCGCAAGUGGAAGGGCUCCUCUUAGGACUACAAUUACCCAUUAGGUGCCUAUAGCAUUUUUGUUUUUCUCAACAGAGAAGUAAAACUAAAAAUUGUUUUAUAUCGAAAUAAAGUUUUCCAUUUAUAUCAAAUUGA